CUGUCAAAAAAAUGGCGAAUCGUACGGUAAAAGACGCUAAAUCGAUUCGAGGAACAAAUCCUCAAUAUUUAAUAGAAAAGAUAAUUAGGUCGCGAAUAUACGAUUCAAAAUAUUGGAAAGAAGAAUGUUUUGCAUUAACAGCAGAAUUGCUUGUGGACAAAGCUAUGGAGUUGCGAUACAUCGGCGGUGUUCACGGCGGCUUCAUAUAUCCCACACCGUUUCUAUGUUUAGUGCUCAAAAUGUUACAAAUACAACCUGAAAAAGAUAUAGUUGUAGAAUUUAUUAAAAACGAAGAGUUCAAAUAUGUUCGUGCAUUGGGUGCAUUUUACAUGAGAUUAACAGGUGCGUCUGUGGACUGUUAUAAAUAUUUAGAACCAUUAUUCAAUGAUAACAGAAAAUUGCGGCGGCAAAACCGCCAGGGGCAGUUUGAAAUUGUGCAUAUGGACGAGUUUAUUGACGAAUUGCUACGGGAAGAGCGAUUGUGUGAUGUUAUUUUGCCGCGAAUACAGAAGAGGCACGUAUUAGAGGAAAAUAAUGAAUUAGAACCUAAAAUAUCUGCAUUAGACGACGAUUUAGACGAAGAGAUGCCUUCAGAUGAUGAUAAUGCUGAACCAGAAACCAAAGAGAAUAGAAGAGAACCCGACAGGAAGGAGCGAGAUAGAAGAAGGGACAGAUCGCGCGAUAGAGACAGACGCGAAAAAGAUCGCAAACGCGAUCGCUCCAGGAGCAGAGAUCGGGAACGAAGGAGAGAAAGAGAAAGGGAAAGGGAGCGCGAGCGGGAAAGGGAUAGAGAGCGUGUACGGGAGCGAGACAGGGAUAAGGAGAGAAGAGAUAGACAUGAUGUUGACAGACGGAGAGAUAGGGGGCGGUAUUAAUAGGGCUUUUGAUGGUAUAAGUUUAGGAUUAAAUGACAUUUAAAUUU